AUGGAUUCAUACUCACUUAAGUCUGUCUCAGAUCUACCUGAUCCCUUCCGUUCAACUUUUAGUUUCAGGUAUUUUAACUCGCUGCAGAGUGAAUGUUUUUCUGCUUGUUUCCACUCCGAUAUGAACAUGGUUAUUUCAGCACCAACAGGCAGUGGGAAGACGGUGCUUUUUGAGUUAUGCAUAUUGAGGCUUCUGUCAAAGUUCAUCUCCCAGGAAGGAAGAUUUAUUCAUAUGAAGGGAACUCUAAAAACAAUAUAUAUAUCCCCAUCCAAGGCUUUGGUACAAGAGAAGCUCCGGAGUUGGAACCAGAAGCUCGGGUCAUGGGGGAUAAAUUGCUUGGAGCUUACUGGGGAUAAUGAAUCCUACAGUGUAAGGAAUAUACAAGAGGCAGACAUUGUCCUGACUACUCCUGAGAAGUUCGAUGCAGUGACUAGGUUUGGCAUCAAAGAUGGUGGCCUAAGCUUUUUUAGUGAUAUAUCGCUAGUACUUAUUGAUGAAGUUCAUCUGUUAAAUGAUCCUCGUGGAGCAGCUCUAGAGGCAAUAGUUAGUAGAAUCAAAAUGAUUAGUUGCAGUCCUCAAAUGGGAAAAAGUCCAUUGGCCCAUGUGCGUUUCCUAGCUGUUUCUGCAACAAUCCCCAAUAUUGAUGACCUUGCUGAAUGGCUUAUGGUUCCUAUCCAAGGAAUUAAAAGGUUUGGUGAGGAAAUGAGGCCUGUAAAGUUGACUACCAAAGUUUUCGGCUAUGCUCCAGCCAAAAAUGACUUUCUGUUUGAGAAGCGGCUUCAAAAUUACAUAUUUGAUCUCCUUAUGCAAUAUUCUAGUGGAAAGUCUGCACUAGUGUUUUGCUCUACUAGAAAGGGGGCACAAGAAGCAGCACAACGGCUGUCCCAGACAGUAAUGACCCAUGGUUAUUCAAACCCCUUCAUCAAAAGCAGGGAUCAGCAGGAAAGGUUGAAGGAAGCUUCACUUUCAUGUGGUGACAAACAGAUGCAAUCUUACAUCCUUUAUGGUGUUGGUUAUCACAAUGGUGGACUUUCCCCAAAGGAUCGUAAUCUGAUUGAAGGCCUCUUUCUCAAUGGUGAUCUUCAAGUUCUAUGCACCACAAACACCCUUGCCCAUGGAAUUAACCUCCCAGCACAUAUGGUUAUAAUCAAAUCAACACAGCACUUCAACAAGGAGAAAGGGAUUUACAUGGAAUAUGAUAGAUCAAUGAUAUUGCAGAUGUGUGGGAGGGCAGGCCGCCCACCAUUUGAUGAUACUGGAAUGGUCAUAAUCAUGACAAGAAGAGAAACUGUUCAUUUGUAUGAGAACCUACUAGGUGGAUGCGAAUUGGUUGAAUCUCAAUUACUUUCUUGUGUUACUGAGCAUCUAGCUGCAGAGGUAGUUCAGUUGACUGUCCCAGAUAUAACAAGGGCAAUAGAAUGGAUGAAAUGCUCAUAUUUGUAUGUGAGAAUGAAAAAGAACCCUCAAAAUUAUGCUGUAAAGAAAGGAUUAUCUAAUACCCAUGUAGAGAAGCAUAUACAAGAGGUCUGUGUUCAGAAAGUUAACGAGUUAGCACACUACCAAAUGAUCUGGACCGACGAAGAUGGUUUUCUUUUGAAGCCUCUUGAACCUGGAAGGUUGAUGACAAAGUAUUAUUUGAAAUUUGACACCAUGAAACACAUCAUGAAAGCUCCUUCAAGUUGCAGCAUAGAAGAUGCACUUCAUAUUGUUUGCCGAGCAGAGGAAAUUUCAUGGAUACAACUGAGGCGGAACGAGAAGAAGCUCCUAAAUGACAUAAAUACCGAUAAAGAUGGUAGGCUUCGUUUUCACAUCCUUGGAGAUAAAGGGAAGAAGAAAAGGCGCAUACAAACCAGAGAAGAGAAGUUGUUUAUUUUGGCAAAUGAUUGCUUGACUGGAGAUCCUUUAGCCCAUGAUUUGUCUCUUACCCAGGACAUGAACUCUGUUUGUUCAAAUGGGUGUCGAAUUGCGAAAUGCAUGAAAGAGUAUUUUAUAUAUAAAAUGAAUUAUAAAGGAGCUUUGAAUUCAAUCCUUCUAGCGAAAUCUUUACAUCAAAAGCUCUGGGAAGACAGUCCGUAUCUGCUGAAACAAUUGCCUGGCAUCGGUAUGGUGACUGCAAAGGCCUUACAAUCUAUGGGAGUGAAGUCAUUUGAGACCCUUUCUGAAGCAGACCCAAGAAAAAUAGAGAUGGUUACUGGUCGAAAGUUCCCAUUUGGUAACCAUAUCAAGGAAUCAUUGCUUUCACUUCCACCAAAAGUUGAUAUGAAGGUUGAGGAGAUUUCAUGUCCAAAUUAUGGGAAGUCCAAGCUGGUUAUGACAUUAACGAGACUGUCACAAUCGCCACAAGCAACUAAACGACAUUAUGCGGAUAUGGUUGUUGCCACAGAGGAAGAUAACAUGAUAGUUUUCCAUGAGAAAAUAAGAGUGGAAGAAUUUACAAGCCCUUAUAGUGCAACAAUAUUAGUUACAAGCCCUCUACAAGGAAAGCUAACUGUUAAGGCAGAUCUAAUUUUCGAAGAAUUCAUUGGUAUUGACAUACACGAGAAGGUUAUACUCAUGAAGGAUAUCAACUCCCAUAUCUAUCAUGAUCAUGGAAUGAAGAAACUCUCCUUGCCUCAGCCAAGCAAUGUGUACAUAGUUGAUCCUGACAAUGAUCAUCUACCUCAAUCCCCAACUCGCAAGCCUCAGAAGUCGUUAAAAUCCAAAACUGAAGAAGCUUCCAUGCCCAGUUUCAAACUAUUGGAUGAAGAUUCAGAUGAAGGUGAGCGUGUUGUCGAGAACAAUGAUGAUGAUUGCAAAAUCAUUACCGAGAUAACCGUUUUUGAUCACAUACGUGAAAAGGCCAAGAGCUUACCUUUCUUGGCAGCCACACCAAGUACUGAACAUCCGCCAUCCCUGGAGACGUUAAGCCUGAUCCGAAAGCGUACCCACAACCGACAGCUUGUACUCAACGAACUUCUAGAAAGUUCCAAUAAUUCAAGCGAAGAAUCAAGCGAGCCAGAUGGAGGAACCAGCACUCGAUCCAACAUGCUAACUGGAGACACAAUAUUCGAGCAUAUAAGAAAGAAAUCCAAAUGCUUCCCUCGAGUCGAUGAAAUCAAGAGCUUAACUACCAAAUCAUCCAUUCCUGACUUUGACUUUGACUUUGACUUAUCUGCAGGUGCAGAGUCAAAUGAUCAAGUUCACAAAGGAACUUUAACUAUUUUAGAUUUAGAAGCUGUGAAACCUAAAGGCAAAGCAAAUAAUGAAGAAAAGUCUCCAGGUUUAGCAAAGAGGCAAAGCUGUUCAUUGGCAACAGCAGGUGAAACAGAUCCAUUUCUCGGUUUCAAGAGUGUGUUUUCGUUUCUUUAA